AUGCUGCCCAGCUCCAUCCAGAUAUCGGGGGAGCCGCUGUCAGGAGCCGAAGUGCGGGACAUCUGCCGCGGCCUGCGCGACAACGCAGUGCGCCUGCUCUCACUGCGCGGCUGCCGUCUCUGCGACCGCGACUUCGGCCGCAUCUGUCGGGCCCUGGCCGGGGCCACGUCCCUGGCGCAGCUCAACCUUAACCUGGGCGUCGUGUCCAGCCCCAGCCGCAUCAAGCAGCUGGCGGAGGCGCUGCGGACCAACCGCUCCAUCCAGUCCCUCUUCCUGCAUGGGAGCCCUCUGACAGAUGCGGGGCUGGCCUUGCUGAAUCCAGCUCUGGCCCUCCACCCUGCCCUCGUGGCUCUGGACCUGGGGGACUGCAUGCUGGGUGAUGAAGCCAUCAACCUCAUCUGUGGCCUCCUCCCCCCUGAUGGGGCCAAGUCUGGCUUGAAGGAGCUGACGCUGAGCGCCAACCCUGGCAUCACCCCUAAGGGCUGGAGCCGCCUCGCCAUUGCCGUGGCCCACAGCUCCCAGGUCCGCGUCCUCAAUCUGGACUACAACCCCCUGGGUGACCAUGUGGCAGCGAUGCUGGCUGUAGCUGUGGCCUCUAGCCGUACCUUAGAGGUCCUAGACUUGGAGGGUACAGGGCUCACCAACCAGUCAGCUCAGACCCUGCUGGACAUGGUGGAAAAUUACCCCACAGCUUUGCGGAGUCUGGUGUUGGCUGAGAACAGCAUUAGCCCGGAGCUGCAGCAGCAGAUCUGUGACCUCCUCUCUGAGGGGGAGGAGGAGGAGGAGGUGGCAGGAGGGGCUGGCGACACGCAGGAACGAGAGAGAGGGCGGGAGCCUGCUGCCCACCAGAGGGGCAGUAGCUCCUGGAUGUGCCCCAGUGAUCCCAGCUCUCAGAUGGUGCUAAUGACGUCAGGACUAGGGGACAGUCUGUUGGCUGAGACGGAGAUGUGACUCUCCAUUCAGGCUUCUGCGCGUCAUUACAUUUGCAUCUCCAGCACUUUGCCCCAGAUG